AUGGGUCUGUUCAACACAAGUCCCCAGCGAGCUGCAUUCACUGAGGAGUCACGCGGUUCCUACACGUGUGAGGACAAUACACCUCCAUGCCUGAUAUCACUGAACAAGCUUGGAGUUACACUGUCUCCAACCUCCAAGAUCACUCUACUUGAUGAAUGUGCCAUACAGAACAUGCAGACCAUCAUCAAAGCACUCCAGACAUGUCCCUUAUGCAACCUGGCUUGCAGAAACAGCCUUGAACCAGUCAUUGAGGAAACCCUUCACCAGUCCCACAGAUCUAACACCAGAAAAAUUUCUUCUGCCAGAGAGAGGAUGCUACUGCUGCAGUCUUACAAAGUAUUAAUGGGACGACGGUUAGCCAAAUACAUCCCUGCCCUGGAGUGGAUGGCAUCUGUUUUGCCAGAUCAUAUUCCUCACAGAUUCUCUGACACAAUGGCAAAGAAGUCCAUCAUAGUGCCAUCAAGACUGAUGAUACUGAACGAGGCAAAGUAUGAAGACUGCGUACAGAUCCUGGACAAUACAGAGGACAUUUUGAGGGAAUCUUUUUCUGAAGCAUUAGGUUCAUCAGCUGAGCUUGAGAAACUAAAAGUGCCAUUCUGGGGUGAUCAACUAACACGGAUACGCUUACAGUAUGCCAAGCCUUUACGGGCACAUGCACCAAAUCCCAUCAAGAGAUUUGAAGAUGUUGGCCCUUUCAUGUGUACAAUGUGGCACAACAAGCAGGAUUUCUUGCAUAAAGCCUACAGACGCUUCUAUAACAAGAAUUCCGGGCGAGAUAGAGGAAGUCUGUUUCACUUCAAGGUGUUUCUGCGCCGAACAAGCGUAGACGGCCAGGUGAAAAACAACUAUACUGGCCAUGAAGAACUGUUUCUCCUUAUUGGCGACAUGUUAAUGGUGGAACAGGCUCUGGAAUACCUGGGUAUGGAAACAUAUGACUCUCAACCAACAAAGAUCAUUAUUCCGGACAACAUCAUGAGAUUACCACGACACACAAGAGCUGAUCUGGCGGACAAAGUCCUCAUUGGGAUACUGAAUACCUAUGACUAUGGGAAUUUUAGCUUGGCACAACAUCAGGAGAGUUCUAUUAAUCCACCUAUACACAACAAGAUACAGACUGUGCAUGUAGUAAAUGGCCUCACUCCUGAUGGUGAAAUAAUUUUCAGCCAACAGGAUGUUCCGGUACAGGAGGACGAAGUCCUCAGCUAUUGCAACAAUCUUGCCCAAUGGGCAAUGCAGCUUAUGCAUAUGAAUGACACUGCCAAGGAAGGAGAUAUUGACAGAAUGGCAAUGAGAACAGACAUGGAACGUGUCAUCACCAGAUUGUGUAGAGGACAAAUGGUAGAAGUGGAUCCUGAUGAUGAAUAUGAAGAGAAUGAUGGUUUGCCAUCUAUUUGA